CACCCGUUGUGCAACUGACCCGCUAGGAGGGAACCAAGUGGUACGAUUCAAAGGUAAUCUAAGGCACCACAGCGCGGGAGCUUCCACUUUCAGGAUGGCCUGGGACUCCCUGUGCAGCAGGGACUUACUGCGCCCCAAGAUACGAAGUGCCUCAGUCUGGACCCCGGGCAGCCAGAGUGCUGGAACACCAUCCCUGGAGGAGCUGCGGCGCCUGCUGUGGAGACACACACCCCCAGCAGGGCAUGUGGACGAAGUCUGGCCAAACCUUUACAUUGGAGACCUGUACAUUGCUCGUGACAAAGAGCAGCUGAGCCGAAUGGGCAUCUCCCAUGUUGUGGACGCUGCUGCCGGGCGGUUUCAUAUUGACACCGGAACCAAGUUCUACAAAGACCUGCUUGUGGAUUACUAUGGAGUAGAAGCAGAGGACAACCCUAACUUCGAUCUCAGCAUUUACUUCUACCCAGUUGCUCACUACAUAAGAGCAGCACUGAAUUCCCCAAGAGGCAAAGUACUAGUUCACUGUGCAAUGGGAAUCAGUCGAUCUGCAACUCUUGUCCUUGCUUUCUUAAUGAUCUGUGAAGAUAUGUCUCUCGCUGAUGCAAUUCAGACUGUGCGCUCACACAGAGGGAUCUGCCCCAACUCCGGCUUCCUCAAGCAGCUUUGGGAGCUGGACCUCCAGUUAGGAAGGGGGAAAGGCAGAGAAGACUUUAGUGCUAAGGGGACCCGUCUCCUGGCACCAGACUGAGAGAUGCUGCCCUCACUGAAGACAGUAAAAAGAUGCUGUCAGGACUGCACUGAGAAACUCCUUGGGAAAUGGCUGAGCUUGAGCAAACUGGUAGGAGUUUGGUAUGUAUUUUUUUCGGUAAGCCCACUAAUUGGAAAGAAAAUGAAAUAAAGAAGGAUUCAAACCAGCA